AUGAAGGCCCUGAGGUUGACAGGGGCACUGCUUGUCUUGGCCAGUGUGCUGCAGGUGGCCCUGUCCCUGAGAAUUGUUUCCUUCAACAUCCAGACGUUUGGGGAGGCCAAGAUGUCCAACACCACCCUCUCCCAUUACAUCGUGCAGAUCCUGAGUCGCUAUGACAUUGCCCUGGUGCAAGAGGUCAGGGAUAGCCACCUGACAGCCGUGGGGAAGCUACUGGAUAAUCUCAACAAGCACUCACCAGACACCUUCCACUUUGUGGUGAGCGAGCCACUGGGACGCAGUACCUACAAGGAGCGCUACCUCUUCCUGUUCAGGCCUGACUUGGUGUCCGUGCUGGACAGCUACCACUAUGAUGAUGGCUGUGAGCCCUGUGGCAAUGACACUUUUGCCCGGGAGCCUGUGGUGGUUAAGUUCGGCUCACCCUUCACACAGGUCAGGGAGUUUGCCAUCAUUCCCCUGCACUCUGCCCCGAUGGAUGCGGUGGCGGAGAUAGAUGCGCUCUAUGAUGUCUACCAGGAUGUGCAGAAGAGGUGGGGGCUAGAGGACAUCAUACUCAUGGGUGACUUCAAUGCUGGCUGCAGCUAUGUGAGUGCCUCCCAGUGGGCAUCCAUCCGCCUUCGCACAAGCCCUACCUUCCAGUGGUUGAUUCCUGACUCAGCUGACACCACCGUCAAGUCCACACACUGCCCUUACGACAGGAUCGUGGUAGCUGGAACAACCCUCCAAGACAGCAUCGUGCCAAAUUCAGCCAGUCCCUUUGACUUUCAGGCUGCAUAUGGAUUGAGCAACCAGUUGGCGGAAGCCAUCAGUGACCACUAUCCUGUGGAAGUGACGUUGAAGUAA